GCCAGCCUUCCUCCCCAAUGGGGCACGGCCCCAUGCCGAAUGCUACAGGUGAGGAGCUGGGGCCACAAGCCAGCCUGGGCCCGCAGCAAGAGGGAGAGAGUCAAGGCCAUGGCCUUGGGUGUGCUUCCUGCUGGCACUCAGCCAUGGCAGGAGAGGUGCUUUCCUGUGACGCUCUCAAUGAAAGCAAGCUGGAUGACUGCUUGCCUGAUUACACACAGCUCAACUUGAAAUUAUUUCUUAUUCUUAUUUAUUCCAGUUUUAAUUUUAUGGGAUUAUUCCCUGUAUAGAAUCAGACGUCUAACUUCAACCUAACCUUCAAAGCCCAUGCCGCCUGACCGCUACGCCCAACACCUGCAGGAGCCCUUCCUUCCCUCCAAGCCCUACACCCUCCAGCCCCUAUGUUUUGAGGACCGGGUGGCUCCCACACCCCGGGCAGCCCUGCGGGGCUGUGGCCAUGGGCGCCCGCCCUCGCGCAUGCCCCACGAGGAAGUUGCGGGUGGGCGUGAGUCAGCUUAUCAGCAUCAGCACCCGCGCCCUCCCCAGCCUUCCCCCAGCGCCUGGUGAGGAGUGAAAGUCCCACGGCUCAGCAGAGGCAGCCAGGAGAGUUCGGCGGUGAUCCGUCGCCGAGUGCUGAGCCCCUGCCUCCUUCCCAGCACAGAGGUGGUGGCAUCGCUCGCUUGGUGAAGCCCAAAGGGACAGAGAGGGAAGCAGACUCAGCGAGGCCUGUGCUGGGGGUUCUUGAGGAGGAAGCAGGUGGCAGGAGGUUGCGGGUGCUCCGGCUCUGGCCCAGCACUGCACGAAGAUGGGGUGUCUGCCGGUGCCAGCCAGCUGGUGUCUGAAGAGAUGGCUCGGGCUCGGGCUCAUCGUGCUCUAUUGCAUUACUUUGGGCUGUGCGCAGGAGAAGAAAGUGGUCAAAAGCAAAGCAGGGGAAAAAGUCGGCCUGCCUUGUUGUUACAAAAUUCCCAGCUCAGAGAGCCUGCAAAACUACCGGGUGUAUUGGCAGAUGAACGUUACGGAUGUGGUGCUGGCCUACUCAGGGGGGGAAAAGAUCUUUGAGCAUUCACGCUAUGUCAACCGGACAAAGUUGGACUUGGAGAACCUCACCCUGUGGAUCUCCAGUGUGGAAAUCCUGGACAGUGGUCCUUACCAAUGUAUUGUUCAGAGUCUUCAGUCUUCACCGGACAAACCUGGAUCUCAUCUUUUGUGUGGAGAGCCCGUGACCCUCUUUGUUACUGCUGACUUCAGCAAGCCGAAUGUAGAAAAAGAAGUAACUGCUAGUUCAUGUGAAUCAACAGAAAUGGUGGUAAGAUGUUCUUCUCAUGGAGGUUUCCCCAAACCCAAAAUCUAUGGAGUCCUCAACAACAUGUCUGUGGUGCUGAAUACCACCUGGGAGUCCGAGUCCAGCCUCAGCCCAUACAAUGUCACUGGCACACUAUGGCUCAACGUGUCCAAAAAUAUCAACUUCACUUGCUUCGUUGAAUAUGAUGGCUUACUCAGGUCCACCAGCUUGCUUCUAGCAAAAGCAAAUGACUGCAUUGUCUCUGCUGCACUUCCAUCCUACAAUGUCAUUACUGCUUCAACUAUCAUCAUUAUCACCUUCCUUUUGGCUGUCAGCCUAGCAGCAAAAUACUUUCCAAGACAUGCCUGUUCCCACUGUUCUAAGAAUCAAGCUUCAGCAGAAGAUGUAAAAGAAAUUAUGAACUCACCCCACAGCUGUAAAGUGACAUGUGAAAUGUCAUCCCUAUGACCAGAUCACUUUUGCAGGUUUCCUAUCCUGUGUAUUCUGCACUGCAGUCCCCACUGUUCUCUACAGCAAUGCUUAUUGGCGUUGACCCUUAGGCUCUCUGAAAGGGGAUGAGAGCAGUAGAAAAAUCUUCUCAAGAAGACUGACAACAUAAUCUUGUGUGAAUGAAUAUGAAUACCCAUCUAUGCCACAGAAGCUAUGAGGUGGUCUUGAUACAAAGGAUUUGCUGGAAUUCCAACUCGGAGGACCCUCCAUGUUCCUACAGCAGGUUAGAAGAACAUCUUCAGCGUUGUGCUCCUCCAGCAUGCCAGCUCAAGUGCUCGGGAUACUCUGAUGCUGUCUCUACGGGAAUCAGGGGCCCUACAGAGACCUGGCAGGUAGCCCGUGUCCACCCACCCCUCUAGCAAUGCACAACUGCCCCCAGACCCCAACAUAUGUGGAGUCCAUGCCUCCAUGGUGCAACUUGAAGCAGCCAAAACUACUUUUACAUUCAGCCUCAUAUCGGUAUCUGCCAGUGCUGUUCAGUGUGAGCCAAGUUUGGACUUAGGCUUGAUGGUUACAGAUAGGUGAUGUGAUAUCUCUUCUCCCCUAAAGAGGCAGUAAUGCACACACCUCAGGAAAAAGUGCCUCCAGGUGGAAAUAAUACACGCCUCCUGCUUGUUUUCACUGAGACUUUGUAGGGAACGACAUAUACUGACAGCAAAUACUGCUUAUGUACAGCAGUGGCAGAAGUUCUCAUAACCUUUUCUCUCUUGAAAGGAUGGCCUUGCCAACCUGGGUACCCAGACACAGUUCCUCCAUUGCACCUCUCAGACACAGGGGCAUACCUCACACAGGCCAGCCUGCUAAUUGUGGUGGUGCUUGUGAACAAGUGGGUGUGUGCACAUGCAUGUGCACGCACAUACACAAGCUAUAUAAGCAUUUCUUCCUACUCGUGCUUGUCAUAAAGCCCCAUUUAAAUUUCUGUAACAAAGAGCGGUUAACUUGCGUGUACCAACAGUAAUGAAAUUUAAGUCAGGGCCUUGCUUCCUAAA